AUGAUACGUAGUUUGCAUUCGCUGGCUGCCGAGAGUGCUCUACAAAAUCUUUCGGAUGACCAACUGAAGCUAACUGCUACCUUGAUCGGGCGUUGGAAGUCUUCACCUAACAUUAUCGUGCUUGAAGCGAUGACUCGGCAAUGCGCCUCUAAUUUUGUAUUGUAUGCGAUGAAGGGCUUUACCAAAGACGAUAUGCACGUCGACUUUACACUUUCAUUCGGAUCAAUUGGAGAAUUGAUGCCGUUCCUGGAUGCAACAGUUGAAUGGCAGACCAAAUGGUUCAUUUGGAAAUCAAUUGCCGACGAACACAUCGAAAUGGAUUGCAAAGAUAGCAGUAGUUCAACGCUGGAAUCGAUCAAGAAAUCCAGAUUGCAUUACUGUUCGAUGUGCGAUCAUGUGAUAACGUCGUUGGUGUUACACUUAGAAGCAGCGCAUAGUGAUCGAUUUCGAUCGUUACCCAUUUGGAUGCAGGAAUAA